AUGACGAUUGAAAAACCUAUAACUGAACAAGAAAAGGCAAAAGCCUUAGUGUUACUAAGGCAUCAUUUACAUGAAGGCCUUAAAACUGAGUACAUGAUGGUUGAAGAUCCCAAAGAAUUAUGGGAUUGCCUUAAUGAAAGAUUUGGACACCACAAAAGGGUGCUCAUUACUGAGGCAUUAUUUGAUUGGACAAAUUUACGGUUCCAGGAUUUCAAAUUUGUAAUUGAUUACAAUUCAACCAUACAUGAGAUAGAAUCUAUAUUGAGAUACUGUGAUCAUCCAGUCACCGAUGAGCAAAUGAUUGAAAAAACACUCACUACCUUUCAUGCAAGAACAAUAUCUCCAACUGGGACUUUGGCCACUCAUCAUGAGGCAAAUGCAACAAGUUCUUAUCCACUCGAGGCAAAUGCUGCACGAAGAGGUGGACGUGGAAAUUACAAUGGCCGUGGAAAUUAUCGCGGACGAGGCCAAGGACGUGGUAGAAAUAAUUUCCAAAGAAACAGUAAUUUCAAAAAUCUUGAAAAACAGACGGGACAGUCAUCUGGAAGCCACAAACAAACUUCUUCUUCAAAGGGAAAAGACACAUGUUACAGAUGUGGCAUGACAGGGCAUUGGGGACGUACUUGUCGUACGGCCAAACAUUUGGUAGACCUUUACCAGGCUUCUGUAAAAGGCAAAGAGAAAAAUGCAGAAGCAAAUUAUGUUAAUGAAGAAAAUGCUCCAUGUCCUACCCUUGAUGUGUCCGAUUUCUUCAUGGACAAUGUUGAAAUUGGAAAUGAUUUCAUCUUUGUAGAAAAUAACAAUGCUUAG